CGCAGCCGCGGGGCUGUCACAUUUCGGCACACGGAGCAAGAGCAAGAAGAAGCGCCCAGGCCCGUCCGUCACUCUUGCUGAUUGAAAAAUCGUUUUGAAAGCUAGGCAUCGGCGAUCUCUUCUUACUCCCCCCGCAGAACGCACCAGCAGCAGCAGCAAAAUGUCGGACCCGGUGGCACGUCCCAUGAAGUUCCCGUACACCUUCUCGGCGAAGUUGGCCCAGUUCCCGAUCCAGCACUACUUCAAGAACCAGUGGAUCUGGCGCUACUACUUCAUCGCGUUCGGCGUGUCCAUCCCGCUGUUCUACAAAAUCCACAAGCUGGCUAACUCGCCGGCGAACCAAGCGAAAUGGGCCGAAUCGAAGAGGAAGGAGCACGAGGAGCACCACUAAACCCAGCGAUUCGCAUCCAACAUUCAGCCUUCUAACAACUUAAGGUCAAAAGUGUGCAUGUGUGUGUGUGUGGGUGUGCGUGUGCGUGUGCACACACACACACACAUAGCUAGUGCGAGAGGUCCUUUCUGCAAUCAAAAGUUUGUUGCGCGCGUGUCGACGGUUACACCCGUGCGGGACCCAUCUGCUCGGCGAUAGAACCCACCCCGCAUAUCCGCAUGAUGCGCCCACACUCACUGUACGCCUGCAUGUGUGGGUGCGCAUUUUGGUGGGGAGGUGUGGGGGUUCAUGGCCGACCCGUUCCCGUUGACACACACGACAAGAUCGGACAGUAAAUAAAUACUUGCUAAACCCA